UGGAUGGAUAUGAUAUUACACUUCUCUCUGAUCUUCACCUGUAUUUAUUAUCCAAUAGCGCAAACAAUCUGGUUUGUUCAACCUCCUUUCAUCAAACUCAUGAAACUCCACCUAUCUCUCAUCUGAUCUCACCAUCACUUUAAGCCUCUUUCUUUUUCUUCUUCACUCGAUCUUUUCACCCAUAAUUCUGAUGAUAAUAAUGAGCUCUGAAAACCAGAUUAUGGCUUCGCAGCCUUUCCACAGUACCCCUGAGGAGGACCCCAUCGUCAUCUUCUCCACUUCCAACUCCAGCUCCCCCGCCAAAGACUACUCCACCGCCAGCCAAUCCUCCUCCUUCGUCUCUUCCCCGCCGCGGCCACCGCCGCCGCCAUCCGCCGCUCCGGCCCACGAGCUGCGAGUCAGGAACCUCUCCCACAGCAUAGACCCCAACAAAUCCCUCAUUAUCCCCUCCUCCCUCUCCCGCCAUUUCAAGAAACAGAAACCCAUCGUCAAGAUUCUGAAAUCCGUGUCGUUCGUGGCGCGGAGCUCGGAGGUUCUGGCCGUGACGGGGCCGAGCGGGACCGGGAAAUCGACGCUCCUCCGCAUCAUCUCUGGCAGGGUGAAGGACAAAGACUUGGACCCAAAGACUAUAUUCAUCAACGACAGCCCAGUAACCAGGCCGGCUCAGCUGAGAAACAUAUGUGGGUUUGUUGCCCAGGAAGAUGAUCUUCUCCCCCUCUUAACCGUGAGGGAAACCCUCAUGUUCAGUUCAAAAUUUCAGCUAAAAAACUCGACCCCGAAGGAGAGGGAAGAGCGAGUCGAGAGGCUAAUGCAGGAGCUGGGGCUUGUUCAUGUGGGGAAUAACUUCGUUGGGGAUGAAGAUCAUAGAGGAAUCUCAGGUGGGGAGAGAAAGAGAGUCUCAAUUGGCAUAGAAUUGAUCCAUGACCCUUCAAUUCUCCUCCUAGAUGAGCCCACUUCUGGGCUAGACAGCUCCUCAGCUCUCCAGGUCCUUGAGAUUCUCUCAUCUAUGGCCACAACUAAACACAGAACCAUAAUCCUAUCCAUUCACCAGCCCAGCUAUAGAAUCCUCCAUUACAUCUCCAAUAUCCUCAUUCUCUCCCAUGGCUCUGUUGUCCACUCCGGCUCUCUUGAGCUUCUUGAGGAAACCAUAAACCAAUUGGGGUUUCAAAUCCCGUCCCAGCUAAACGCCCUCGAGUUUUCCAUGGAGGUUAUUUCUGAUUUGGAAGCUCAUUCGAACAACUCUGCAGCCUAUCUGAGGUGGGAAGAAGCCAUUCAUAGUGACCGGGACAAAGAGAUUAUUGGUGACAACUAUAAACAACAUGGAAACGAGUCGUGUUGGUUUACGAGUUUGUUUGAAAUAGCAGUGCUUUGUUCAAGGUUUUGGAAGAUUAUUUACAGAACAAAGCAGCUUUUAUUGGCAAGAACAAUGCAGGCUAUUGUGGGGGGGUUAGGGUUAGGAAGUGUGUAUAUUAAGAUGAAGAAUGAUGAAAAUGGGGUUGCAGAGAGAUUAGGGCUUUUUGCAUUUAGCCUUAGUUUCCUCCUCUCCUCCACAGUUGAAGCUCUCCCAAUUUACCUCCAAGAACGGCGAGUCAUAAUGAAAGAAGCCUCAAGAUCAUCCUACAAGAUCUCAUCUUACAUGGUGGCCAACACCCUCAUCUUCCUCCCCUUCCUCUUCGCGGUGGCCAUCCUUUUCGCCAUCCCGGUUUACUGGAUGGUGGGCCUCAACCCCUCCCUCCCGGCCUUCGCCUUCUUCACCCUUGUGGUGUGGCUCAUCGUGCUCAUGGCUAGCUCGUUAGUCCUCUUCCUCAGCGCCAUCUCCCCGGACUUCAUCUCGGGGAACUCCCUCAUCUGCACUGUUCUUGGGGCCUUCUUCCUCUUCUCUGGCUACUUCAUACCCAAAGAAUGCAUCCCAAAGUACUGGAUUUUCAUGUACUAUGUUUCCCUCUAUAGGUACCCUUUGGAUGCUUUGCUCACAAAUGAGUAUUGGAGCUUGAGGGACAAGUGUUUUUCUUGGAGUGGGGAGGAUAAGUCUAAGUGUUUGCUUACUGGGAAUGAUGUGUUGAAGAGCAAGGGGCUUGAUAAGGAUAGUAGGUGGGAAAAUGUUGGGAUCAUGCUUGCAUUUUUUGUGUUUUAUAGGAUCAUAUGUUGGAUUAUCCUUGCUAGAAAGGCAUCAAAAACAACAAUAUAAUAUAGCAAUUGCUUGUGUUAGAUCUUGUGAGGAGGGUAUGUAUGUAGUGGAAUUCAUUAUACCUUUGUAUGUAUUCUUCCUAUAUCAUUUUCACUUGUAGAUAAAAAGAGUUAAUUCAAAUAUUUUGUUA